ACUGAUCAAAACUAAACUUAAAGUAUGAGGUCCCUGAAAUAUUGUAUUUCUUAAUUCUUUAUUUUUAUUUUGAAGUCAUCUUGAUCUAAAGUUAUUCAGGUCUCUUCAGUUGUUCUGUUUGUUUGGCUACUUUUAGAAUUAAUUUUUGUUGUUCUGUCUGACCAUGUCAUCAAACUGUGUAGUUCAAACACAUAAAGGAAAUUAAAAGAAGAAUGAAAAACAGUAUCCCAAUGUUGGCUGCUGGAAAAAUCUUGGUAAACUGUAAUAGCUUUGUGAUAUAAUUACAGACUGAACGAAAGAAAUGGGAACAAAUAAAGAAACAGACAAAAGUCAAAGUUAAGUGUUAAAACAUUCAGAAAGUAUGAAGGAAAUAUGCUGUUUUUUUAUCGUAAUAAACAUUGCUUAAUCAGAAAAAAGCUCCUUAUUAAAAUCUUUUUUCAAUGCCAUUCUUUAAAAUAAAAAACAAACUAAUCAAGGUUUAAUCAAUAAAUAGUUUUAAGAAGGUUGAACUAUUUAGUUCCACAUGCUAGCUAGUUACAGCUAACUACUAGGGAUUUGAACUUUGCCUUCCUUUUUGUACUCGGCUAUCAAAUGAUUGACUGUGAUUGGCUGCAAUACAACUGAAGACGCCGUUGCCUAACAAUGUACCAGCCAAUCAAAUCGUCAGCAUUCAUUCCAGUCUGAUUUACGUGAUAGUCUGGCGCCCCUCCGUGGCCGCCACUGCAAACUGUACUUAGUUUACGGUUACCUUGACAACUACCUGUAUCUCUUUCACAGUUGCUGGUCACUUUCAAAGAAAUUUACUGAAGUAACUGCAAAGGUUAUAUAUUUACAGACAUUUUGCGGGAUAAUCAAGACUAUUAAAAUGGAUACAUCGGUAGUGCUGCCGGUUGAAGCUGAAGGGUUUAUUCAAAGUCUGGAAACCUUUUCCCUCAAAGAAGUGGGCUCUGUGAGGUGGUUCAGACAGCACGAGUUUAUUGAAAAGCUAAACAUGCAGGCCAUUCUGAGUGCUUCGGCCAUGCAUGAUGAGUUUGUCAAGGAGCUCCUGGUGUCCUUUGGAAAGAUACCAGUUCUGGUCCAUGAGAUGAUCCUUGUGGAGGUGUGGAAGCAGAAAGUGUUUCCCAUCUUAUGCCAGCUGCAGGACUUCAACCCUAAGAGCACGUUUCAUCUUUACAUGCUGAUCCGCCAUGAAGCUACAAUUAUUAACCUGCUUGAAACAAUAUUGUUUCAUAAGGACUCCUGUGAGGCAGCUGAUGAUUCUCUUCUUGACUUGGUGGAUUACUGCCAUCGUAAACUGACCCUGCUGGCCAGUGAAGCAACCAAGUCCCAUGUUGCUGCUGCUCAUGACUAUCAGAACCAGAUAUCCUCUCUAGAGGAGCUGCAGAUGCAGAGUGCUGCACUGGAGUUUGAAAUCUCCCUGAAAGCGAUAUCCGUGCUGAGCUACAUCGCAGAUCAUACCGAGAGCAUCAGCGUCAUCAAUCGCAUGCUUUGCACGCACAACAUGCCCUGUGUCCUGGUCCGGCUGGUCGAGUCCUGCCCCUGGAGUCGGAGCAGCAAAGGCCAAGUAGAAAAGUACAUCAACAGCAAAUGGCAGAGGAUUUCUGCAGAGGACCAUGUGAAGAUGACCAAACUUGACGGCCAGGUCUGGAUGGCUCUUUACAGUUUGAUCCUGAAGGAGGAGUGCCAAAGAAAAUACGACUUCAACAAUUUCAACAAGAACCAACUUCUAAAGCUCAGGGGUUUCUUGACAGACGUGCUGAUCGAUCAGUUACCGAACUUGGUUGAGCUCCAGCGCUUUCUGGCCCAUUUGGCUGUUACAGACCCAGCCCCACCAAAGAAAGAUCUGGUUCUGGAGCAGAUCCCAGAAAUGCGAAACCAGAUUAUCAGAGAAAAUUCUGGGAAGUGGAAAGGAAUAGCUAAAUAUCAGGUUAAGGAAACAUUCAGCCCGUCUGACAGCGACUUGCAGCAACAGGCCCAGAGGUUGGCGCAGACUUACAGCCUGGAUGUGAUGGAGCGUUUGCUCCCGGAGAAACCAAAGUGUGGAUGCUGCGGGAAAGAGGCUCCAAAGAGAUGCUCUGGAUGCCAGGGAGAGUGGUACUGCAGCAGACAGUGUCAGGUGAAGCACUGGCCUAAACACAAGCAGGCCUGUCAGCUGAUGACUGAGACCAUGCAGAAGAUCCAGGAAGACAAAAAGCUGAGAUAAUUUUACUGACUAAACGAGCAAACAUCUAAAGCUAGGAAAACAAACCCGCUUUUAUUUGUAUGAACCUGAAUCACAACAUUUUAUGUAAAUUCAGAUUUUUCUAACAGGAGUCCCUCACAUAUCUUUAGAGAUUAUUAUAGAAUUUAGUAGUUUUGCUUUUAAACGUGAUGCAAUAAAGUUUCAACUUGUUCCGUUAGGUGCAGUUUUUAUUUCUUAACUCUCUUACUCAAACGAGUGUGAAAGUGAUGCUUUUGUGAAAUACUUCAGAAAACGUUCUAAACUUCCUUUAGGAGCCAAGACUUGCUGGCUCACCUUAAGCGGUCGUUUCCAAUCUGAUCAGCAGCAGCAGAUCGGUGGAGGUCAGAGUUCAAUCAGGGAAGAGAAAGCAGGAUGGAUGGAUGGUGCAACAGUUUUUUAAGGCUCCAGGAUUUCCAGACUUGAAAUGAAAUUCAUAAUUCGAGUGAAAAUCAAAUUGUCCCCAAUGUUUAACUUCAAGGUUUACCAACUCACAGAAACAGAGACGCUCAGCCUUCAGCGAAACCACCAGUCAGAUCCACUUUUCUGUCAACAUCCCGGGACGAUUACAGCCAAUUUAUAUCCGAAGAACUGAGUCCAAUAUGGUGUGUUUCUGGAUUAGAAACACGCCAUCUUUUUUUGGAGAAAAAGAGAGUAAAAUGAGGCAGCAGGGAUUAGGAUGAGAUGAAGCAGUAAAAGUACUUAUCCUGGUUGGUUUGAAGAAAAACCGUAUCAGUAUCUUUUUACAUUUCUAGACCAACACAGUGCAUGUUGUCAGCAAAAGAAAAAAAAAAAAAUGUUUUUUGUAUGACUAGAACUUUUUAAGUAUUUCAGACUGAUCAAAAGUCAUUUUGUAUUUUUGAAGGUGAAAAUUACUUUAUACUUUUAGGUAAGGUAAGUUUACUUAUAUAGCACAUUUACAGCAACAAGGCAGUUCGAAGUGAUUUACAUGAAUCAGAAGGAAAUACAAACAAAACCAAAAGAAA